UUCACCGCUGAUGUUUUCAGUGUUAUUUUGUGAUAAAAUAAAUAAAUAAAGAAUAAUGCGUAUGUAAUUAUAAUUAAUCUACGUGAUUACUGCAAUUGAAAGUAGUGCAAUAAAAUGAACACCUUAAAGAGACUUGUAUAAAUAAUCAUCGCCCCAAAAGAAAAGCUAACUUUGUGCAAUCUUCGCUACCUGCAUUGAUCAGGCGUAGCGAUUUUCUUGGAUAUUUAGGGUGACUGGACAAGAAAUAAUAUUGUGUUCUGUACAUGAACUAGUAAUUGUAAAUUCACUGUAAUGGAACUAAAUAAGUUUAGUUUGUGAUUUGGUGUAAUUCAAAGUUGGAUCUGGCUAUUUUCGAUUAAAUGUCGUGAAGUGGCUUAUAAUGACGUCAAUCACUAACUUGACUCACACGAUGUCUUCAAACCAGCCAUCCACGUCGACCGGUUCCAGCAACUCUUCAGGGUCUAAUGACCAAGAAGACCAGUUCUCUAUGUCUCAAUUGAUACGCACCCUUUUGGAGAACAUGCACAUGCCGUCGCAAGCCACCGGCGCUUCCACAUCGGCAGCGGCGUCGUCCUCAUCCUCGAUGUCCUACGACAUAUGGGCGAUGCCGUCUACCAGCUCCGUUCAGAACUUGUCCGGCACCAAUCGUGAGUCUGCUCCAAGCUCUAGCAACCAAGAUAACUCUAGCGGCUCCCCCGGGACUUCCUCUAACGCAUCGAUCACCUGCUACCGCUGUGAGGAGCGCGCUCCUACCAACAGAUGCCGCGAAUGCAACGACCUUUUCUGUUACGAGUGCUGCCACAAGGUCAACUCUGAAUGCCAACUUAGGCAGCACACUCUCCUCCCAAUAAACCAUAUAUCCCCUAUCGGAGUUGGACGUCGCUCUAUGACUCACUCGCCUGAAAAAGAGGUGACGAUGUUAUGUGAACUUCAUAAUGAUCAGUUAAAGUUCUACUGCGAAGCGUGCAUCGUUUUCAUCUGUCAGGAAUGCACCCUAUGGGUACACAAAGACCACGCCUACAGCCCCAUAAGAGGAGCUUUAAACUUGUGUCGCUUUGGUGUUAUCAGAGUAAUGGAAGACACUAAAACUGGUACAAAAGCUAUUAAAGCAGCUAUUGAUCGUGCAGUAGCCAUGUCCAAAGCCUAUGAAAAGGAGACUGUUGAAGCUAAUAUGAAAAUACGGAAGGCAAUGCGUUGUUAUGCUCAAGCAAUAGAAGAUCGGGAGAAGUACUUAUUGGACAAAGUGGAGAAAAUGCGUCAGGCGAAGUUAGCCGAACUAACUGAUCACAUGAAUACAUUGCGUGGCAUUUUGGCAGGUCUGGCCCACACCAAUGAAACCAUGCUGCGUUGUAUGGAUUCGGACGGCCUGGAUUUGUUCAUGUGCAAAGAGAAAGGAAGGGCUCAAGUAGAUUAUUUUUCUACCAUGUUUAAAAGCAUGAAUAUAACCGAAGAAAAUAUAUUUUUCACGCCCCCUAAUUAUGAAUUAGUAGACUUUCUAAAAAUGCAAUGUGAAGUACAGUCUUUGCCAGCAAAGUCUUUUCAAGCGAUGACCGCCGCUCUGGCUUCAGGUCAGUUUCGUCAGUUCGGAAUGCACCCACAUGCAGCUCCAGGCUUCCAGGGACCGGUACCUUUAGGCAUGCCAGUACCCAGGUGUUGGUCUGAGCAUGGAAAUUCUGGGAACUAUUACGAACCCGGCUUUUGGCCGUUUUUUCCGGUUGAUGGUUGGCCGGCCCGCGGAUUCGGUCAAGCUAUUCCCGGCUACUGGAAUAUGAUAACAAUAAAACCUACAAGACAUCGGGUGCCUGGAGUUCCAAUGUUUUCAUUCGGUCGUGAAGGACAAGAUGACGGUCAGGUUUCAAGACCUUGGGGCCUAUGUAUAGAUAGAGAAGGAAACAUCAUUGUCGCUGAUAGAAGGAACAAUCGCAUUCAGAUAUUUAAUAGUCAAGGAUGUUUCAAAACCAUGUUUGGGUGUAAGGGAACUGGUCCAGGAGAAUUCGACUUGCCUGCCGGCAUUACUACAGAUUCAUAUGGUCGUAUCAUUGUUGUCGACAAGGAUAACCACCGCGUUCAAAUUUUUACACCCGGGGGCAACUUCAUUCUUAAAUUCGGAGCUUUUGGCAAAGAAUGUGGACAGUUCCAGUAUCCUUGGGACGUAGCUGUCAAUAGUAUUGGAAAUAUAGUCGUGACUGAUACCCGCAAUCAUCGUAUUCAAAUGUUCACAGCUGACGGGUCUUAUCUAACUAAAUUCGUUUUUGAGGGAGCUAAUCCAUCAAAGAUGGUGAAAGGUCCUACGACUCCCAGAGGAGUAUGUUUUACCACUACAGGAAAUAUUAUUGUAUCUGACUUUGAAAACCAUCGUUUAAUAUUGGUCGACUCUACGCUGUCAAGGGUUUUAUAUUCAGUUGGUAGAGAGGGCUCUGCCAUUGGAGAGCUGAAUCGCCCGUCUGGGAUCGUGACAGACGACGAAGGUAACAUUGUAGUGGCCGACUCCAAGAACCACCGUGUGGUCGUGUACGGCUCCGACCUGCGCAUCCUGUGCGCAGUAGAUCUGAAGAGCCCAGGUUUAGAUGACAAGGAUAGACCUAGCGACGUGGCACUAACUCCUGAAGGCUUCCUGGUGGUGUUGUUUGAGACUCUGCCUGAUACCGCUCGCGACAUAUCCUCUCACGGCAAGCAAUACAUCAAAGUUUAUUAGUUAAACUUUGUUAAUCUUACGACUUGGGCCUAAGGUCCAUUGAAAUUAUUUUUUUGUUUCGUUAUUAUAAGUUGUGAUUUUUUUAUAAUGUGCCAAUUUAUAUUUUAUUGUUCGGAAAUAACUAACGAGCAUAGCUUGGACGGAGAGUAAACAUUUGCUCAAAAAAGUCAAGCGCGAAUCGAACUCUCCAUGAUGAUGAGAGCGUUACCAUUGUAAUUUGUGUUUUAUGCCUAUUCGACUAGUCUUUAAGGACCAAACUUUACAGUGUAGCGUCAUUAUUAAACAUAGUAGUAAUAGUGAAUGUUAUAACAGUGACUAAUCUAGAAUUGUACAAGAAUACCAAAAUUUCAUGUUUUCCUUAUCAAUCCGUAUCCAUUUAUGAUAUAAUUUUUUGCACAAUAAAAUACAAGCCUAUUAAAAAGAAUAUUAAUAAAAGUGGACAUUAGUAAUAUCAUUUUGUGAUGUAAAAGAUUUAAAAAGUGAUAUAGAGUAAAAAAGAAACUUGAAAAGUAUUUUUCAUUAAAAAUGUAAUAUGUUUCGUUUUUAACUUUUUAACACAAGAUUUAAUGGGAAUUUAUUGUGAAUUUCUAUAAUAAGUUAUUUUGCAUAUUAUUUAAACGCGGACAUAUUUUUAUUGAGCUCCAUUUGCGUAUUUUUUGCUAUUGAGUGAACGAUUUGAUUGCUAAGAGAUUAGAGUUCAAUCAUUGCGAAGGAAAUAAAUGCAAUAAAACUUUGAGACUGACUUUAGAAGACUGUCUUAAAGAUGUGAACGCGGCGUCCGUCCCCGAAGCGGGCGCUCGCUCGGACUGAACCGUUAAUUUGAUUGUUUUUAUAUUUUUUUUAUUUACUCUUUUUUCGGGAUUUCUAAAAUAAUUUUUGUUCUAAUUUAGUAUUUCUUAAAAAUCUAAAUUUGAGAGGUGAUAUUUUAAUUUUAACACUGAAAAAUAAACCUUAAUGCUGAAAGUUGUUAUAUUGAAAAAUCAUUGGGGCAUUGGCCAAGACGAACUGAAAUGUAAUAAGGAGCUGAUAGAAUAUUCUUAACAUAGAACCCUAUUGUAUCACGAUUAUCACAUGCAAUAUUUAUCAAUCAAUAUUCACUUAGGUAAUGUAUGUUACAGUGUAUAUCAUAAAAAACAUAAUACAUACCUAAUAUGUCUGUCUUGCUGACUAACUUUAGCUAAUUUAGAGAUAUUCUUCUACAUACUAAUAAUUUUAAUUAGUUAAUGUUAUGGCGUGUUUGUAUACAAGUCAUUGUAUUAGUGAAAAUAUUGUAGCGAAAUUCUUUUCUGGAAAUUUAUAUAACCUGAUCAAAUCGUUAGUCUAUUUUCAUGUGUAUCGUUAGAUUUCGAUUUUGUUCAGUAUGAUAGGUACCCAUGUGUUCAGACUGUAUGUGUUCACUUAUAUGUAAGUUUCGUUGCAUGCCUCUAUAUGACGAUACGUUUUGUCGUUUUUUAUAAUGGCGAUAACCUAGGUAGAUGUAAUGCACUUGUAUUUUCUAUUUAGAACUCAUGAUAUGCUUACAUGCAACAUGUUUAUUAAAUGCUAAUAAAGUGUUCACAAUUAGAAUUAGGUAAUAUUUAAAUAAUUGUGGAAAUUAAUAUGCCAAUUAGUACGGUUUUUAAUCAAAUUGGCGAGGUUACAUAACAUAUAGAAUGUAGCUUGUAGCCGCUCACUCAGUUAUUAUAAAAUAAUAAACAAACUAACUUCAAAGAAUUAUGAACUAGUAAUUACAUUUAUCGUAUGCAAUCAUGCCUAUUCCCCAACUUAUAUCUUAGUUCUACUUAGAACUAAUAACUAAUGCAUAAUGUUUGAUCUGUAAGUAGCAAGUUCUUAGAUUUUCACAUUUGUAUUUAGAAUAGAAUUUGCAUAAUAUUUUUAAGGAAUAAUAAGUAGUCGUGGUACUAUGUCAUAUGCCGCUUCAAACAAAAAUUUUCUAGCGAAUGAGAGAACUUAGGUGUAACCAUGGAACUGACUACGAUCGUAGAUAAAACACAAUGACUGGAUUUAAUGAGUCUGAAUUAAAUAUAGAGGGAAAAUUGUUGUUUGAAGUUUUAUGUUUAGGUAGUCAUUACUCACUAUCGAGAUGAAUAUGAAAGAUGAUUGUGCCGAAUGAUGAUUUUUGAUUGUUGAGCAUAUCGGGGACGUUCUCGUACUAGCACAUUCUUUCUUUGGACAAAAUCACGUGCGACACCAUCCGAGGUCAUAAUGUUAAUAAAACCUUCGUAUUCUAAUAAUAACUUCUCUUUUAAUUUUGUAAUUUGCACAAAGUUCUGUUCUUAAUUUUUCAUCAUUUCAUUGGCAUCUUCAUACCAAAAACUUAUGACUUUAGUGGUGAAAAGAAAAUGUAUAGCAAAAUCGUCAAGUUUAAAAAAACUGAAUAUAAGUAUGUGUGAGUACGAGAAGAUCUUUUUUGCUGUUAUGUAUGCGUGCAGUAUUCUGCGCAAACGGUAAUUUACAAAUAAUAGUAUAUACUGAAUAGAUUUUAUUUGUUAUAGAAAUUUUCAUAGCAUAUAUUGACGAUGAGACUUAGUAGGCUUCCAUAUAACCAUAAAGGAAUAAGUACAAAAUCUGUUCUCUCCCAUACAAAGUGGUCGAUCAUUUCAUCGGUCUUACUAGACUUUUUGCUAUAUGUUUUUAUGGAAACCUACUCAGUUUUAUCGUCCAAAUUUUAACAGCAGGUAUAUUUCAUUAACCAAUUGAAAUUUACUCUUUAUUAAUUUCCAGUUAGAACAAUAUGAGUAAACCAUUUAACAUUUUGUUCAGUGCCAUUUACGUGAAGUAUUACGCUAUUAUUUUGAAUAAUUAUGUUGCAUUAAAUGCAUUUUAAUUAAUUUUCUAAAGAAUUUUGUCAUUACUAUAUAAUUCAAGAAACGUUUUAUGCUAACAACGAAUCUCAUUAAUGAAAUCAAUGAAAUGUGGUUUAGAUUGUCCGCAAGUUCGGUUUAUUUGGAUUUGCGAAGCGAAGUCCGCCACCUAUUAUAGAGUGAUGCGUUCUAAGAAUGUUACCGCUCAUAAGUCCCGUAUACUGUGAUGAGUAAGAACAAUCGAAAUGAGAAUUAACGAGGACAUUCUUCGGUGAAUUAAAGUGGAUAUUUUGGUUUAUCAAGAAAUUGGCAAGAAUGUUCUGGGGAAUUCUCAUUUCAAAUUACAUAAUUCCGUGUCUAAAAUAUUUUCAAUUGAUGUGUUCAAAAUGUCGUUCAUAUUUCUCGAUUCCACAAUGAAGUGAGAAUAUAAUUAACGAGAACUUAAGACAAGCUGUUUAGACAGCGGUUCGCAUUACUUAUAUAUAUUUUUACGAAUUUGACCCAGUGUCUGUCUGGCGAAGCCCGAGGUUGUCAGAUGUCAGAGGACACUAAAUUCUGUUUAAAGUUAUUUUACCUCCCGACAGAAAUAUAUUUGAAUGACCAAUAAUGGAUUGGAUUUAUCGUUAAUUUUAAAUCAACGCAAUAUCGAUUUAGAAUUUGCGGCACUUCCGAAGGUAAAGUAACUUUAGUACGGAAUGUUAUGAAAUUAGCUGAAAGCUGCUGAAUAAUUACUUAAUUUUUAAUCACAUUUUAUUUCCUAUCGUUUGGUUAUGUUUUAGUUUUUGUUUGUAAUUUUUGGUUUGGUGGUCGUAGUAUAAUACGCGAUCGGAACGUCGCUUGUGGUCGCUAACAUAAAAUACAAUUAAAUUAUUAAAAGAUUUCGUUAGCAACGGUCGCGACCACGUUGCAAAGUUGGGAAACAGAAUAGCAAAUAGAAUUUGGUACGACCACCAAAUCCAAAAAUUUGGGUCUUGUAUGACAAUGAAAUUGGUAAGCCAGCCCUGCUAGCUGCUAGCAGUAAAAUUGUGGUUUUGUGAUAGUAAUAAUAAAAUUGAGAACUUAUUAACAAUAGUUGCUUGAUGAUAAGAUUUUUUUAAACGUUUUUAAUAUUAUGAAUAUUGAGUCACGAUCUCAACGAUCGACAAUUCAGCAGUUAUCAAAACACAAGUUAUUUCGUACGAUUGGUGAAAAGCGAAACUGCGUAUUUGAAAAAAAUUGAGAUUUUAGCAAAUUGUACGGAGCCAUUUUUGUGCUAUUUUUAUAACAUUGUCUAGGCGCUUGUGUUGUGUUAGAUUUAGGGUAACUCGUUGCUCUUCUCCUUGCUGCGCGCAGGUUCGUUGUUUGUUUGCGAACGCAGCUCUGCCAGUGCAAAGAGGGGAUCAAUGAAAUCGAUAUCAUAAUGUAAUUGGGAUAAGUAGUAUUUUUGUACACGCGGUCCGGGCGGCGUGCACGGGCCCUUUGGUCGCUCGUGCUCCCGCGCCGGGCUCGCUCGUUGUGUUCAAAUAACCUCAUCUACCUCAUGUGUAAUGCAUUGAAGACUGAUUGGAAUUAACGUAACGGUGGUCAGAUCACCGAUUUAGAAGUCUGUUGUCUACUAACAAGUUUAGUUUCGACUUAGGCUAGAUUUUAGUGCUUAAGUGUCCAGAUAUAAUAACGUCGUAGAUCGCAUUUUGAUACCCUCAGCUCAUGGAUCGGCUGAUAGCGCCUUCAUUCAGUGGACAACGGUCUUUUUCUUUUAUAUCUAUAUUUUACGUUAUUCUGCUGAAAUAUUAUUGAAUGAAGACUGAAAAUUUAUACAUGUUCCUAUAUUUUAAUUUAGAAUAAUUUACUGUCUACUGUAUUUCGUUUACAUUAUUUUUACCCUUCGGUAAAAUUAUUUUGAUUCUUAUAAUCUUAUCAAUUGUGUAUGACGCUAUAUAUGUCAUGAAAUUUUUGAAAUUUUUAAGAAUUUUGU